CCAGAGAGGCGGGGCGGAGACUGCAGGCGCUGAGGACGCGGUGGUGGGACAGGGAUCCGCUGUAGCUCGGGCGGCGCCUCCCUGCGGCGGCCCGGCCCGGCUCCGGCCCCGCCGGGGCGAUGCUCCCCGAGGCCGCGGGAUGAGCCAGUGACUCGGCUGGCCUGGGCAUGGCAGACCCCGUGGUGGGCAUCGCGGGCUCGGCAGCCAAGAGCGUGCGGCCGUUCCGCUCAAGUGAGGCCUACGUGGAGGCCAUGAAGGAGGACCUGGCCGAGUGGCUCAACGCCUUGUAUGGCCUGGGUCUGCCCAGCGGUGGCGAUGGCUUCCUGACGGGGCUGGCCACGGGCACCACCCUGUGCCAGCAUGCCAAUGCCGUCACCGAGGCCGCCCGCGCGAUGGCCGCCACCCGCCCAGCCCGUGGGGUGGCCUUCCAGGCACACAGCGUGGCACCCGGCUCCUUCGUGGCCCGAGACAAUGUGGCCACCUUCAUCGGCUGGUGCCGCGCAGAGCUGGGUGUGCCCGAAGUGCUCAUGUUUGAGACCGAGGAUUUGGUGCUGCGAAAGAACGAGAAAAGCGUGGUGCUGUGCCUGCUGGAGGUGGCGCGGCGCGGGGCCCGCCUCGGCCUGCUGGCCCCUCGCCUCGUGCAGUUCGAACAGGAAAUUGAGCAGGAGUUGUGCGCCGCGCCCACGGCCCCCAACGCCCCCAGUGCCGGGGAGGACGCUGCCACCGCUGCUGCUGCUGCUGAGAUCGCCACUGCCCCGGGGGCUCCCUCCCGCGGGCCCCGCAUGACACCCAGCGACCUACGCAACCUUGACGAGCUGGUGAGAGAGAUCUUGGGGUGCUGCACCUGCCCAGACCAGUUUCCCAUGAUCAAAGUCUCGGAGGGGAAGUACCGCGUGGGAGACUCCAGUCUGCUCAUCUUUGUGCGGGUGCUGAGAAGCCACGUGAUGGUGCGCGUGGGCGGCGGCUGGGACACGCUGGAGCACUACCUGGACAAGCACGACCCCUGCCGCUGCUCCUCCACGGCCCACCGCCCACCCCAGACGAGGGCCCGCACCUUCUCCCCACAGCGGGUGUCGCCCACCCGAAGCCCCCGAGCUGGUAGCCCAGCCUCCGGGGGUGAGCGCAGGGGCUCCCGCCCGGAGGUGACACCCAUUAGCUUACGCAGCUCGAAGGAGGGGCCCGAGACCCCGCUCAGGGCCCGGGACCAGCUGCCCCCCCACCCCCGCUCCCGCCGCUACUCCGGGGACAGCGAUUCCUCAGCCUCCUCAGCCCAGAGCGGCCCCCUUGGUGCCCGCAGUGAAGACUCAGGCACUGGCCCCCGACGGGAACGGCCCAGCCGUCGGGUGACCACAGGCACUCCGGCCUCCCCGAGACGCCCCCCCGCCCCGCGCAGCCAGUCCCGAGACCGGCUGGAUCGGGGGCGGCCGCGUGGGGCCCCAGGAGGCAGAGGAGGCCAGCUGUUGGGCCCCAGCCCUGCCCGGCGGGCCCGGAGCCAGAGCCGUGAAGAGCAGGCUGUGCUGCUGGUGCGUCGGGACCGAGAUGGGCAGCACUCAUGGAUGCCACGGGGCAGGAGCAGCCCCCAGACUCCCCGUGCCCACAGCCCCGCAGCCCCCCGGCCUCCCCGGGUCCCCAGCCCCAGUCCAGAGUUGAGCACCACUCCGGCCAGUGUCUUCCGCACACCCCUGCAGCUUGACCCAAAGGAGGAGCAGCAACUAUUCCAGCGCCUGGAAGAGGAGUUCCUGGCCAAUGCCCGAGCGCUUAAGGCUGCUGCUGGCGGGACCCCGACGGGACCAGCCCCUGACCUGGUUCGGGCCCCAGACCCUCCAGCUCCUGACUCAGCCUACUGUUCCUCCAGCUCCUCUUCUUCGUCCCUCAGCGUCCUGGGUGGCAAGUGUGGCCAACCCGCAGACUCUGGCAGGAUGGCCAAUGGGCUGCCCGGGCCCCGAGGCCCAGCUCUGUCUAGCUCUUCCGAUGAAGGCAACCCCUGCCCCGGUGUAGGGGGCCCACCAGAUGCACCUGGGAGCCCCAUGGCCGGCCCAGAGCCCCUGAGGACCUGGGCACGAGGCCGGAUGGACACACAGCCAGGCCGAAAACCCUCACGCAUCCCCACCCCGAGGGGCCCCCGCCGCCCAUCUGGACCCACGGAGUCCAGGGCCUGGCAUGCCCUGCAGUCAGUCAGCCCAAGGGCUGAGCCAGAUUCCUGGAUGUGAUGGACCAGCCCAGCUGCCCCCAGUCCCCCAUUCCUUCUCCUUUUCCUUUGUGGCCUUAACCCCUCUGCAUCAGGGAGUCCCCCCUGCCUCUUGGGGACCAGACCUCAUGGGACCAGACCCCUUGGGACCACAUGGCACAAUGGGACCUCUGUUGUACAUUCCGGUUGGGGGAUGAGCAUUGCUAUUUAAUUACUAAUAUUAUUGAAUGCCUUAGAGGGGGCUGGGCCAGCCCAAUAAGGACCCUUCCUGCGGUCCUGUGGCCCUGCAGAGCCUGACAGUAAAGUUUUGUUCCAGCUA